AUGGCUUUUUCUGCAGGGAAACGCAAGCACUCCUGCAUGCAGGAUGGACUGCAGCAAUCCCACUUCUAUGAAGAACUGAACGAGUCCACCAACCUGUGCUCUCCAACGUCGUCUGAAUUACUAAAUGCUGCUAAGGCCAGAAAGGUUCAAGACAACCAGACAAUAAUUAAACAAGCAGAGCUUGAAUCUCCCAAAGGUAUUGAACACACUCUUCUCGAGGGCCUUGAAGAAGGAGACCAGAUCGUUACAAAGAACGCAGAGCUCGAAGCUCCGCAGCAGACUAAGUGCAAGAAUGCACUCUGGCAUUUGCUUGAAGAAAAUAAGAUUAGGACCCCGCACUUCAACUAUCCAGCACCUCUAGCUUGGGCUGACUCUCGCCCUGAUCUUUGCGCCGCUCUACCCUAUUUCAAGAGCCACCAAGGCGGCACCUACCACCACGAAAAGCUUAUAUUCAGCCUUUUGCUUGAUGGCCAUGGGAUGAAGCAUGACCUCGUUGAUGAUCAGGUUAUCAUUAGUCGGACUGGUGGAUCCUGCAUAGGCGAAGAUGGAUUUAUGGUCCCAAACGAAAGUCAAUCGAUCGUAAAAGGGCCCCCUUCAUGGUACCAGAAUACUAUUGAUCAUAAUAUGGUGGUUAUACCAAUAAUCGGAAACCGUCAUCCUGCAAUCCAGUACCAUCCUAAAGCGAAACGAUACAACGUCAUGGACCACUUCAGAGUCACUGAUAUCUGGCCAGAGAGGUCACACGGAUUUGUGACAUACAAAAUCCGAUUCGAGAAGCUGAAGCUUGACGAGCCUAGCUGGUGGCUUCCUAAGACGCCCAGCAUCAUUGACACCAGCGUUCAGCCUGCAGUGAAGACUUGCGGCACAUGCAACAAGACGAGCAAGCAGAUCUUUACAAUCGAAUGGCUUUGCCUCAAUGAAGCAUGCACCAAAUUCUGGAAAAAUUCAGAUGAUAAAUAUGCAGCUGAGGACCUUGAGUAUAACCCCGACUUUCUGAAAGCUCGCGUUGACCCAAAGAAACGCCCGUUUAUCCCGUGCGCUAUUUUGCCCGACCCAGACCAGAAUGUUAUCUGGGCUCCGCAGAUGCCUCCGUCUGCCCUCCGCGCUCUCCGGAUUACGCAAGGGAGUGCGAGGAAGUUUCGAAAUGAAACGAAAGGAUAUUACGUUUCCGAAUCAGAGAUCUCAGGUCCACGUAAAGAGCUGAAUUGCUGGAAUUGGAAGGGAUUUGUAUGCCCUCGCUGCGGCAGAUGCAACCCUCGGAGCUUGUGGGACAGCUUGAAAUGCAGUGAGGAAUGCGGCUUUCACGUUGAGCUGCAGCUAGAAAGAAUACGGCUCCAAGAUAUCCUUCGGGCCACACGCCGAAGUGAGAGCAGCAUAAAACUCAAGUUGAACCUUGAACCACGCUUGCGAUGGUAUGACGGCCCUGGAAAGCAGGGUUUCCAGUAUUCCAAGUGGGUCCUCGACAAUAUCGGCUCUGUCACGCAUAUUCGAUCCAACAGUGAGAUCAACAAGCGGCCACAUGGACCCGAUGAACUGUUCAGCCGUUUCCAACAAGGGGAGCUCAAGCUCCAGCGGCUUCCUCUAGUGAGCUCUGUUGUCCGAGGAGAGCUGACACGGCACUUUGCGGCAAACUUCGGCCUUCCAUAUAAGUUCAUCGCAAGGGUGAAUACCACGCCUUUUUCAGAGGCCCCAGCAUGCGUAUUACAUGCAGUCGCCCGUCUCAAUGAAAUUGGGCGGUGUCUACGCGUGCAUGAAGGCACAGAGAAGGCGUGUGGCACAGUGCCGGAAAAACCCAAUGAAUGCUUGAUUCUUGGGUACAUGGAGACGAUGCAGAUCGGCUACCAUGAUGAUGGCGAAAAGGAGCUGGGAGAUGAGAUUCGGACUCUCUCCCUGGGCUCGGGGGCACGAAUGAACAUCCGACUGAAGGCCAAGUACUACUUCGGCUAUACGCCUUCUGGCACGAUCAUUCCGGAUGAUCCGAUUGUACCUCCGGGCUGCGAGCAUGAGCAGGAGCGUCGCCAAUUGAAGGCGAUGUAUCCUGAGGGGAUGGCUUCGGAGGCGUACCGUAAAGCGCGGGAAAAGCUCCACGGGUUCAGCCAGGAACCCCAGGACGAGAAGACGCUGCCACCAGGCAGGGGUGCCCGCAAGCCCCCUGUCCUGUUCAGCAUGUUUCUCAACCAUGGGGACAGUGUUAUCAUGCACGAGAAGGCUCUGCAGAAGUACUGCGAGCACCAGGUUGUUCCCGUGGGGAGACUGCGUUUUGCGGUGACAACGCGCCAUGUCAUCCCCGACAUGCUCGCGCCAGGGGAGCGCGCUGGGCAGGACUUCGAUGUCGAGUCCCACAUCCGCGAGUUCCAUGAGGACUCGGCAAAUAUCUCUGGGCUCGACAAGAGGUCCUGA